CCGCCCGGGGGGUCCGCGCGCGCUAAAUGUGGCCGCGCGCCGGGUGUGCGCGCAUUGCUCCAGGCGAGAGCGUAGGGGCUGGUAGUGGUACUCGCUCGUGGUCGCAGAUACAUAUCAAUUGUGCAAAUAUGGCGGACACUGAGGAUACCCUUGAAGAGUUGGAGGAAAAGGAGGAAGAAGAACAGGAAGAGCUAAAGGAAGAGGUCAAGUUGGAAGAAGAAGAGACCAAGCCUAAACCAAAAUUAUUUGUGCCUAAUCUUGCACCUAAAAUGCCUGAUGGUGAAAAAGUUGACUUUGAUGACAUUCAGAGGAAACGCAUGGAAAAAGAUCUUGUGGAACUUCAAGCUCUCAUUGAAGCUCAUUUCGAGAAUAGGAAAAAGGAUGAAGAGGAACUUAUUGCUUUAAAAGAGAGAAUUGAAAAGCGUAGAGCGGAGCGGUCAGAGCAACAACGGAUCCGAGCAGAGAAGGAGAAGGAGCGACUGAACCGAGCAGCAGAGGAGAGGGCAAGGAAAGAGGAGGAGGAACUUCGAAAGAAGGCAGAAGACGACUUCAAGAAGAAGAAGGUUCUGUCCAAUAUGUCGCUGCAUUAUGGAAGCUACAUGCAGAAGUCUGAGACCCGCAAAGGUGGCAGGAAGCAAACUGAGAGGGAAAAGAAGAAAAAGAUUUUGGCCGACAGACGCAAACCUCUCAAUAUUGAGAACCUUGGCGAAGAUAAACUCAAGGAGAAGGCAAAGGAGCUUGUGGAUUGGUUGCUGCAACUUGAGGGAGAGAAGUUUGAGCUUUGUGAAAAACUGAAGAGACAGAAAUAUGAAAUUAACCUGCUGCAGAUCAGAGUUCAGGAACAAAUGGGGAAAUUCAGUUCAAAAUCAGCACGAGGCAAGGGCAAAGUUGGUGGCCGCUGGAAGUAAUAAGUGACCGAAAUGCAACAGAAGACUGCAUCUUCUGAUGCAUCAAAUUAAUUCAAGGCAGGAUUUCCAAUAAAACAAUAAAUUACUUUUCUAUGUUGACAA